AUGGCUCAGAUGCAGUCUAACGGCUCGGACCUGGUGCUGGUCCUGGAGAGCCUGACCCUCCCCCCCUCUCAGACGCUCCCGGUCGUGCUUGUCCUCCUCUUUAUCUUCGUCUUCCUGGUCCUCUCUAACGGGACCAUGAUCGUCCUCAUCGCCGGGACGCGCUCGCUGCAUCAGCCCAUGUACCUGCUCUACAUGAACCUGUCGCUCUGUGACGUUCUCUACAGCAGCACCGUCAUCCCCCGCCUCCUCUGGGACUUACUCCGCCCCCUGAGCGCCAGACACAUCCACCUGUACUCGUGUGUGAUUCAGGCCUUCUUCGUGAACCUGUUUGCCAGCAGUUGUCACACGCUCUACAUGGUGAUGGCGAUUGACCGGUACAUCGCCAUCUGCUGCCCGCUGCGGUACGCCGGCAUCAUGAGCGGUCGCACGGUGUUGAGGAUGGCGGUGGGCGCGUGGACGGCCUCCUUCGUGCUUGUGGCUGUCCUGCUGGGGCCGACGGUGAGACUGACUCGCUGCCGCUCCCUGGUGGUGGGACUGAGCUGCAGUAACGCGGGGCUUUUCAAGCUGUCGUGUCAGAACACCUUCGUCAACAACGUGUUUGGCAUGCUGUUCACCGUGCUGCUGCUAGGGGGCUCCAUCGGCACAGUUCUGCUGUCCUACGGCAAGAUCACUGUGGUGUGUGUGAAGAGCCGCAAUGCGUCGCUGAACCACAAAGCCCUACAGACCGUCUCCACUCACCUCAGCGCCUACAGCCUCUUCCUCGGCUCCUCGCUCCUCAUCAUCGUUCUUCAUCGUUUCCCGCAUCUCGGUCAGGAGCGAAUGUACAUCUCCGUCGUUCACCACGUGGUGUCGGGCGCCAUCAACCCGCUGAUCUACGGCCUCAGGUCACAUGACAUCCGCCGCCAGCUCAGGACGCUGCUACGGAAGGAGCCAUGA